AUGGCCAGCACCCACAGCUCCACAGCCCCGGAACCUCCUGUUCCGCCAGCCCAGGACCACCCGUCAGGACUCACCGCGCGGGGCUGGAGGUCGAGGCCCCGGGACGGCUCCCGGGAGCAAGGACCGGCUGCCCCAGCAGCUUCAACCACCAGCGGCGGCGGCUCCCUGCUGGCACCUAACACCGAAUCAGCGCCCUGCGGCCGGCCCCACGGUGAUGUCACGAUCCGCGCCGGUCGCGCGAUGCCUCCUGGGAGUUGUAGUUCUCUGCGGCGUUUGUCCCAUGCCACUCCAAAACUAUGCCUGUCUGCAGCCAUGCUCCUCCCAGCUGCUCACCUACCGGUCCUCCUGCUGCUCAUAGGCAUGAGGGACACCGUGCCCAGUGCCCAGGCUCCUCCCCAAGGCUGCUACGUGGCCGAGGAAGCUGGUGAGCGAACAUUCCGCUGUAGCCGGGCAGGCCUGAGCGCUGUGCCCCCUGGAAUCCCCAAUGACACCCGCAAGCUCUACCUGGAUGCCAACCAGCUGGCCUCAGUGCCUGCUGGUGCCUUCCAGCACCUGUCCACCCUGGAGGAGCUGGAUCUGUCUCACAACGCCCUCGCCCACCUCUCUGGGGCUGCCUUUCAGGGCCUGGCGGGCACACUGCGCCACCUCGACCUCUCAGCCAACCAGCUAGCCUCUGUGCCCGUGGAGGCCUUCAUGGGGCUGCAGAUUCAAGUGAACCUGUCUGCCAACCCAUGGCACUGUGACUGUGCCCUCCAGGAAGUACUCCGGCAGGUGAGGUUGGCGCCGGGCACAGGGACGGGCAUCGUGUGUGGCUCCGGAGCCCGACCAGACCUUGUGGGGCAGGAAUUCCUGCUACUGGCCAGGGAGGAAGAGCUGUGUGGCACGGGGCAUGGCGGGGCCCAGCGAAGUACUGACGUGGCCCUGCUGGUCACCAUGGGGGGCUGGCUCACGCUGGUGGUGGCGUAUCUGGCCCACUACGUGUGGCAGAACCGCGAUGAGAGCAGGCGUCCUCUCAAGCAGGUGCCUGUGCUGCCUGUGCGCUCAGAGGACUCGUCCACCCUCAGCACGGUGGUCUGA